CAAGAUGAUCUUUUCACUUGCUUUAUGGAGAAGAUUGAGGGAGUAGGAUGAGAAUUCUCUCAUAUUGUACCUUUAUUUUUUAGGUGAAACCUCAAAUCCUUAGAAGUCUCAAAAUUAGCUCCUUUAUCUUUUCUUUCAGCCUUUCUUUACUAGGAGUUGUCUCAUAUAAUGGUGUAUAUAGCAUCUUCAUUUCCCCCCGUAUCCACGGGCCUUUCUUUCGAUCUUCGAAUAUCUACAGACUUACGUACCCUGUUCUCAAAAAUUGUUGUUGUCGCCUCCCAACCUUCUCUCCUGUGUUAGUACAGUAACCCAUCAUGUGUCUCUGCUGCUUUCCAUUCAUUCUCACUAUUUUUUUUAACUCCUGUUGAUAUACUCAGCCCUGGGAUAUGGACAAUUAAAGAGUUUAACAUAUUAAGGACCUUAAAAUCUAGUUGAACAGGAAAGUAACAUAAAUCUAUAAACUUGUUCAGAAGUUCAGAGACCUGGAUUUGCAUGGUAUGUUGUAAUUAUGAUGAGAUAUGCAGAUAGGAAGAAUGAGGCCAUAUUACAAAGACCUUAUCGGAAGAAUUUAGUGUAAAUGUGGAAGAUAAUAGGUAAUCAAAUAUAGAUGACAAUGGUGCAUUUUAGCUAUCUGGCAACUAUUUCUGUAGCAUUGUAGAGUUAAUAUGGAAUAUAGGAUUAUGCUUUUAGUCAUUGUAGUUGAAGUAUCUCUAAAAAGUAUAAAAUGAGGUCCUGCUCUUAAUUAGCUUAAAAUCUUUCUAAGAAUAACAAAAUUUUAGGAAACCAAAAUCAAGAAAACCAGUUCAUGCAUUGGAUAAGUGUUAUUUGCCAAGGAUGACAAAUGUAGAUCAUUUGCCAUUGCAGUGACCCAUGCUCAAGACAGACAUUGAUAAUUGAUCAUGGAACUUGUUGCUGAAGAAUCUAGAAUGUAGUAUUAAGAGUUCAUAGAAUAACUCUGAGCAGCUGUUACUAAUUAGCUUUGGCACUGAGAUUAAAAUUUUUUAUAAUCUCUUCCAUUUAGGAGUUGGGGGAAGUGCUAGUGAAAGUUUUGUAGAAGAGUUGGACCUUGAAUGAUGGGUAGGAUCUCUCCAAACUUAAUUUCUCUUGCUGUCUGACAUGAACUUUUUCGCUUGUGGCCUUAAUGUUCUCCACAUGUACCAUUAUAAAUCAUACCUGGUGUAUUCACGCUGAUCCUCCUCCCAAUCUGGAGUAUUGCUCUUAUCCCCCUGGAGCCUAUUCCACUUAAUAAUCCUUCAGAUUUUUUUCAAAACCUCAUUCAUCCCUCAUACAGAUUCCUUUUGUCUGAAUUCUGAUGGGUAAUCUCCAUCACCGCUUUUUUGUUGUCUUAUUCUCUAAUUGGUAUAUUUGUCUGGAUUCCAUAAUUAGAUUAUAAUCUCCUAGGAAAAGAGCUGCAUCUGACAGCCUCUUCUGUUUCCCACAGUAAAUGCUAGUUGAUUGUAGGGAAAAUUUACAUCAUGUAGCAGGAACGGCUUGAAUAUGUGAAAGAAACAAUAUUCUGAAUACUGGUUGUAAUAUAAGUAAGGUAUAAUUAGUUUAAAAUAUGGUAUUUUCCACUUUUUCGGUAAUGGUUUCAUUUUUCACUAUUUCUUUGGUCUACCCUUAAUUCCCACAUUUAGAUUAUGGUCAGAUCAUUUUCCUCAAUUUUGGUUCCAGACCAAAAUUUUAGCCUUUAAUGCCGUUCAUCCUGCUUUGCUCAACAACAAGAUCUUGCCUAAAGGACAAGUAUUAUUUAAUAAAUGGAGGGAGAGCCUAAAAUAUUCAGAUAACUCUUUCAAUGAAAAUUACGGAGUUUGGGAGCCAGGUUAGCACUUGUAUUUCCCUCAGGCAAUGAUAGUUAAUAAAUCUACAAGUCUCCAUUUAGAUCAUUUGGUUUAUAGAAUGACAGAAGGUGGCAAAUGUUUUAGGUCGUAUCGCAGGGUCCCCUCUUGUUGCCCAAGUUUCUGAUAGCAACAGUGUUAAGAAGCCUUAAUUUAAUGCUUAACCUAAUCCUCCAGGACUGAGGAAAGCAGAGACGUUUUGGUGAGGAGCGUUGUCUGAAAGAUAUUUUUGUAGAGGCGUUUUAGAAAUGCUACUGGGAACCUAGAGUAGGGGGCUGCACCCGAUUUGUGAGUUCUGUUUCAAUUUCCCUUGAAAAACUCGAUGUGGGCGGAGGCAAGCGUCUGGAUGUGCGGAGGGGCACCGCAGCCCUGCCCAUCAAGGGAACCGGCCGGGGUCUGAAUGCCCCUUUCCCCGCCCACCCAUCAGUUCUGGCCGCGCAUGCGCUGAGCCGGCGGGCCGGAGGGUUGUCGGCUGGGAAAUGGCGGCCGCUGGCUUGGUCGCCGUGACCGCGGCUGCAGAGUACUCUGGGCCAGUGGCGUCGGGAGGUAACCUCUCCGGCGUUAACUGCGGCCCAAGCUCCGGCUCAGGCGCUGGUCCUGGCCCGGGCUCAUGGAGCCGCUCCCUCGAUCGAGCGCUGGAGGAGGCAGCGGUAACCGGGGUGCUGAGCCUGAGCGGCCGGAAACUGAGGGAGUUUCCCCGGGGAGCGGCCAACCACGACCUGACGGACACCACCCGGGCGGAUCUGUCACGAAAUCGCCUCUCAGAAAUUCCCAUUGAAGCUUGUCACUUCGUUUCUCUUGAGACUCUCAACUUAUACCAAAAUUGUAUUCGGUAUAUACCAGAGGCAAUUCUCAACCUACAGGCUCUAACAUACUUAAAUAUUAGUCGGAACCAGCUGUCGACAUUGCCAGUACACUUGUGUAAUUUACCAUUGAAAGUCUUAAUUGCUAGUAAUAACAAAUUAGUUUCACUUCCGGAAGAAAUUGGACAUCUCAGACAUUUAACGGAACUUGAUGUGAGCUGCAAUGAAAUUCAAACAAUACCUUCCCAAAUUGGUAAUUUGGAGGCUUUGAGAGACCUUAACGUAAGAAGAAAUCACUUAGUACGUUUGCCUGAAGAGCUGGCAGAGUUGCCUUUGAUACGGUUAGACUUCUCCUGCAAUAAAAUCACGACGAUCCCCGUUUGCUAUCGGAACCUCAGGCACCUACAGGUCAUCACCCUAGAAAACAAUCCACUACAGUCUCCCCCCGCACAGAUAUGUAUAAAAGGCAAAAUUCACAUAUUUAAAUACCUGAACAUACAAGCUUGUAAGAUUGCUCCAGAUCUGCCAGAUUAUGAUAGGAGACCCUUGGGUUUUGGCUCCUGCCAUGAAGAACUGUACUCAAGUCGCCCUUAUGGAGCCCUUGAUUCAGGUUUCAAUAGUGUGGACAGUGGUGAUAAGAGAUGGUCAGGGAAUGAACCUACAGAUGAGUUUUCAGAUCUGCCUCUUCGAGUUGCAGAAAUUACAAAAGAACAAAGACUACGAAGAGAAAGCCAGUACCAAGAGAAUCGCAGCAGUUUAGUAGUAACAAAUGGUGGAGUGGAACAUGAUCUGGAUCAGAUUGACUACAUUGACAGCUGUGCUGCAGAGGAAGAGGAGGACGAGGUGAGACAGCCCAAGGGCCUGGACGCAGACAGCCUCAGUUCACAGUUCAUGGCGUAUAUUGAACAACGGCGAAUCUCUCAUGAGGGUUCACCAAUAAAGCCUGUACCCAUGAGGGAGUUUCAAAAAACAGAAGACAUGAGAAGAUAUUUAUAUCAAAACAGAGUUCCAGUUGAGCCAUCUUCUCUCUUGUCACUAUCACCAAGUCACAGCCAGUUGUCACAUACAGACUUGGAAGUGCACCGGAGAAGAGAACAGUUAGUAGAGCGCGCCCGGAGAGAGGCCCAGCUUGCUGCCCUGCAGUAUGAGGAGGAGAAGAUAAGGACCAAGCAGAUGCAGAGAGAUGCCGUCCUGGACUUUGUCAAGCAAAAAGCAUCCCAAAGUCCACAAAAACAACCACCCGCCUUAGAUGGUGAGUGUCCCUUCCCAUCCAGAAGGUCUCAGCACACUGAUGAUAGUGCCUUGUUAGUGUCGCUGUCAGGGUUGAGUCAAGUGGGCUGUGCUGCUGCCCUGCCUCAUCCUUUUGCCUUCACGCCUCUUAAGAAUGAUGACAGAUCUAAUGCUGUGUCAAGCUCAUCUACAACAGAAACAGUCCAUCAUCCCCCUGCAUAUUCUCUCCCUGCUGCUAUCCAGAGACACCAGCCCCAGCGCCCGGAAAGCUUCCUCUUCCGAGCAGGCGGCAGGGCAGAACCGAAUAAAGGUCAUGCUUCACCCCUUCUUUCAUCUCCUGCACCUACCACUGACUCUGCAGAUCCCAUGAUAAGACAGAAUUUGAGACAGAGAGAAGAAGAGCUGGAAUUAAUAGAUCAACUGCGAAAACAUAUUGAGUACCGGUUGAAAGUAUCUCUACCUUGUGAUCUGGGAGCAGCCCUAACCGACGGCGUUGUUCUUUGCCAUUUGGCCAAUCAUGUGCGGCCUCGAUCUGUCCCGAGCAUUCACGUUCCCUCACCAGCUGUACCUAAAUUAACAAUGGCAAAAUGCAGGCGAAAUGUGGAGAAUUUCCUAGAAGCUUGCAGAAAAAUUGGUGUACCUCAGGAGCAAUUAUGUUUGCCUCUCCACAUUUUAGAAGAGAAAGGUUUGAGCCAGGUUGCAGUGACGGUCCAGGCUCUCCUGGAACUGGCCCCACCCAAGCAGCAGCAGCACCAGUUAUCUGCUGUGUAAGGACUCCAGCACCUUGGGUGCUGGCCUGGCCAGAACGGAACAGGACACCGUGAUUGCUGCUGCCAGCCGUCUGCUUAAACAAAGCUCUUAAGUGUUCUUAAAAGGGACUGUUUCCAUGAUUCCUAACAGGAAUAUUUUGCUUCAUUUCUCCAUUUUAGGGGAGGUUAUAUCCGUUUUCAUUGAAUUGUUUAUGAAGACAUGGUUGGUUUUCACAAAUGAAACUUAAUUCUGUCAUUACUAAGAACUCAGCACUGAAGCCUAAACUGGCUGUGCUUUCCGCGAGAGCAGGCUUGUUUCACAUAUCAGAAAGAAUGUCUUCUCAGAAGGAUGUUUAGCUCUCGUGAAGGCACGGACAUGCUAUUACCUUUACCUGUUUCCAAGACCUCUAGAGUCCACUGGUUUCUCAACUUGGUUAUUCAUUGGAAUCUCCUGGAGCGUUUGUUAAAAUACAGAGUCUCGUUCAUUAGGUCUAGAGUGAGGCCCGGGUAUCUGCAUUUUCAACAGACACUGCAGGUGUUUCAUGUCGUGGAGACCACUGAUCCCAGCUGGAUAUUUGUAUGAUUUGGGGGAGUAAUGACUCCACUGUGUUUUUCAGCCACCUUUAUAAUCAAAAGCUAUAGUAAUACAACUUGGACUGUUCUGGCCAAGACAAAACAAAAAUAACAUAGAACUGGAUUUUUUGGACAAAAAAACUUUUGUUUAAGGCAAAACAAAAAUAAUGUAGAAGGCCCACAUUUUGCAUAGUAAAACAAUGAAACACAUAGAUUUGUAUUUAAGGCCAGUGUCCUAGGCUUUCCCCCAGCUCCAGCCCGCCUCCACUUAGAGGAUGCUUCCGUCAUCCUGCUGUUAUCUCAGUGUUACAAGCAGGCACUCUACACACAGGUUCCAGAUCCUUCGGCUGGUAGCAGGCACUCCUCAGUGUCGUUUACAGUGACUUCACUGAGCACCCCCUGCCCCACGCUGCUCCCAGGAUGCCUGGACCUGUGGAUGCCUGCCAGUUACAGCAGAUAUACUUCCAGCCCCAACUGCUGGAAGAUUAUGAACACAAAGCAAAAGGAAUACGGGAAAAGCCAAGUUUCUUCUAUUUCUAUCAGGUACCUGCCGAUUUCUGUGACUGAAUUAAAGUCCUUGUGGCAUCUUAGAAACAGCUCUGUCUUGACACAGCCCAGCGGCUCCACCACUAGUGCCUUCUUGACUCAGUCAUGCGUGCAGUAAAAGGGCCUGAGGGCGCUCAGCACACAGCCUGGGGCCUUUAUUCAAGUUUGAGCCUCCUGGGUCUUUCUUCCCCUGUCUUUUGAACCCCUUUGAGUUGUCAGUGAAUCUGCUGAUACUCACUGCCUUUGUAAACCAAGUAAAUUAGAGUAAGUGAAGAUACUAGUUAUCUAGGUUUUUUCUGUUGUUAACUGUUCUGGAUUUUCUUUAGCAAUGCAUUCAUUUGAACAUGUUCUCUCUCUUUUUAUCAUGUAAAUGCAUCUAAUAGUAACUUUGGAUAAAAUCAUGUUGAGUAUCUGGUCAAAAUAUUGUUGUCUCCUUUUCUCACAGGGUAGCAAGUUCAUCAGAACACUACCACUUGUCCAAGUUUAAAAUUUUAAUACAUUGAGCUCAAAGCCUAAUCCUUCAGGGUCCUCACAGAACAACAGGAAAAUGUCUUUUAAGUACUUAGAUCCAGAACCCGUUAUACUUCAGUUCCAAACAGACCCAUCAUGUUUAGAAUGUAGCUGUGUGUGUUUUUAAACUAUAGGUGUUUUUCCUUCUAGUCAACAUUAAACCUCAGUACAAUCUCCAAAUUCUAGAGAGCCAUUUGAAGUGAAACUCAGCAAAGGACAGGACUGUUUGUCACAUAUUAUGCAAGGAGCAAUCCCAGAAGACACUUAAUACAACAUGUGGAACAUUUGCAACUAAUUUUCUCAUAGAAAUAAAUGGAAAUUUCAACUUCCGUCAGAUUUUACACAUAGCAAGAAACCUUAUUAAUGUAUUUUUAUCAAACUAAUUCAAAUUUAUAUUUGAAUUGUUACAAAAAAUUUGUGUACAGUUUUGGUUGGUAAAGAAAAUUAUCAAAUAUAUUGAAUUUCUUUUUGCUGUUAAGAUGCGAAAACAAAUCAUGAUGGUUUUAUUGGAAAAUUUUUGUAUUCAGUGUUUUGUAUGUAUCUGUUUUUUUUUUAACUGGAAAGAAAGUUUAACAUGUAGCCUUGCUGGACUCCAGUGUAAGAUGAAGCAGACUGUGUAACAGUUCCACCUGACCGGUUAUGAGCUUCCUGCUGAAGCCCCGACCUUCCCAGUACUGGAGUGUGAACGAAGAAAAGGCUAUGUGCCCACCCAUCCGGGACCCCUCCAGCCCGCAGAGAUCUUAAUAAAGUCCGCAGGUCCCGGGCCUUCCCACUCAGACACACUCAGCACUCUGGAGACGGCCCGUGGGAGGAGGGGCCUGUGGCUUUGGCUAGAACAGAGGAGGAGGCUUGUGUUGUAGUAGGGUCACUUCCUUUAACAGCUUUUUAAAAGCCCGCCUGACAGCUAGUCAGGGAGUCGGUGAGUUCUCUUCCUUGCUGCAGGUAGCAGUGACUAAUGCUGUGUGACUACGCUGAUGAGUGUGAUGAAUUUUUAAAAACAAAGCGCUUAAAUGGUUAUAGAAAUGAAGGAAAACAUGGAUAUUUAGAAACCUUUUUAUAUACAUAUUGAAGUGAGAUGGUUUACAGCAGAUUUCAUUUUAUUACUGAAAAUGUUGUAAACAUGUAAUUAGUAAAAGAUUUUGUAAAACAUUGUCCUAUAUUUGUAUGUCUGUAAAUAUAAUGCCUAAGUUCUAAGUAUAAAUAUGUCAAUACCAUGUAUGUUAUUUUAAAUCGCCUGUAUCCCACCUUACACAUUGACAUUAAAAUAAAAGCCAACACUUCAAAAGCAUGAAAUAAAGGCUGACUGGAAAAUGUA